UUGUUGAGUUUUCGUUGUUUUUGUUGUUGUUGUUGUUGUGUGUGUGCUUGAAACCAUGCCGGAAACAGAGCACGAAUGCUGUAGCAAAGAAUGGCUCCAAUCAGAGCUUCGAGCCUUGGAUGCCAAGGAGCUGAUCAUAUUGGAUUGCCGCGGCUCCCAUGAGUAUAGUGAAUCGCAUAUACGCGGCGCUGUCAAUCUCUGUAUACCGAGCAUAGUAUUGAGACGAUUGGCAGCUGGCAAAAUUGAUUUGGCCUCGACCAUCAAGUCACCGGAGUUGAAGGAGCGCAUUCAAACGGGUUAUAAGCUCUGCCUCUUCAUCUUGUACAAUGGCGAGGGCGUGGCAAUGCCUAAUCAGGAUGCAGUCACUGCCGCAGCAGCAGCAGCAGCAGCUGGAGCUGGAGUCGGAGCCGCUGCAGCAUUUGCCAUGUUGGGCAGCAAUGGGAAUGAUUCGAUCAUAAAUACCCUGCAUCGUCGUCUCAAACAGGAUGGCUGUCGCGUUGUAUCAUUGCAAGACGGUUUCUCCAGUUUUCGUCAAGCAUUUCCGGAAUGGUGUGAGGAUGAUAAUCAGGCACAUAACAAAGAAAUGGAAUCUAGUCGCAAUGUACAGACCGAUCAGCUAAUGGGUCUAAGAUCCCUUCGCAUUUCCACACCGCAUUCCGAUUCGGCAUGCAGCAGCUCAGCCGAAUCCUCGGACUGUGAGAGUACAACACAUCAUCAUCACCAUCAUCAUCAUCAUCAUCAUAGUUACAAUGAGGCGCCCGUUGAGAUAAUACCAGGUCUUCUAUUUCUGGGCAAUGCUUCACACAGUGGCGACUCGAAUGCAUUGCAAAAGUAUAAUAUUAAGUACGUUUUAAAUGUCACACCAGAUUUGCCAAAUGAAUUUGAAAAGUCAGGCAUUAUCAAGUAUCUGCAAAUACCCAUUACCGAUCAUUAUUCCCAGGAUUUGGCCAUUCAUUUUCCAGAUGCCAUACAAUUUAUAGAGGAAGCGCGCUCUGCGAACUCGGCGGUGCUGGUCCACUGCCUGGCCGGCGUUUCACGUUCGGUGACCGUAACGCUCGCCUAUUUGAUGCACACACGAGCGCUCAGCUUGAACGAUGCGUUCAUGAUGGUGCGUGACCGGAAGCCGGAUGUGUCGCCCAACUUUCAUUUUAUGCAGCAACUGCAAUCCUUUGAGAAUCAACUCCGCCGCAGUCCCAGCAGUGAUGGCCAUGCCAUGGACGAGGGGGGACAUCAUCAUCAUCAUCAUCAUCAUAAUCAUCAUAAUCAUAAUCAUCACCAUCAUCAUACCAUAACGACAACGGGCACACAUUUGGUUGCCAAUACAAAUGCCGCCAAUGUCCUAAAUGCCGCCACAAAUCCAACAAUGGUACGCCAAUGCGGACGCAGUGGAUCAAAAUUCUCAUGCAAUUGCAUUGCCGCCGAUUGCAAAUGUAUGCAAACUGGCGGAUUUAUGGCUGCCCAUUUGGCCAAAGCGACUGGUGUCUCACCGGAUUCGGGCAUUGAGUUUGAUCGUUGGACACCAUCGUCGGAUACGGGACUCAAAUGAGACGAACUGGGUGGGAAGUGUUUUGUGUUGCCACCAAGUCAGGAAACAAUCAAUGUGUGUGCAGGUUAUGCCGCCUCCUCGGCCGCCGCUGCCGUCUCCACCUUAUCAUCAUCAUCAUUAUCAUCAUCAUCGUCGUCGUCGUCGUCGUCUUCAACAACAUCAUCGCCGCCGCUGCCGCCCAUCAUUUUGGCCACAAGUAAUCCGGAUAAUAUGUCGCCAGCAAGUACAACAAGUUCAUCCACAUCGACUACAACAACAGCUGAGGCGGUGUCUGUUGUUGAAGUAGUCCUUGCCGCUGUCAAUAGAGCGAAGGAUGAGGACGACAAUGAUGAGGAAGAGGAUGAUGAGCAUGAAAACGAUAAUGAGAUGAUGGCAGUUUAAAAGAGACACAAUUCUCGUUUCCCAUCUCCCACACACACACACACAUACACACACACAAACCAUAUGCAUAUACAGAUGAAUAUAUUAGUUUAUUAAGAGAAAAUCGGUGAACCCUCCUCAUGAUGAGGAAAAUGGAAACCAAGGAAAACAAAAACUUUUCUUGUUUAUCCUUUGUUCUAUCUAUUCUAUUCUUUUUUUUUUAUUUUUUUUUUUUAUUAUAAAGAUAUACCAUAAUCUUCCCAACUGUCCACCCCCCCCGCCAUCCACAUCCCCAUUUUCCAAAAUAAUAAUAUUAUUAUAUGUAAUAUUAAACAUAAUUUCUAGUUAAGUCAAAAAUGUUUAUUAAACAACAACAAAUUAAAACAAAGUAAAAAACAAACAA